AUGGACCUCCGACAGCACUACCUCGACUACAUCUCCGCCAUCAACGACGGAUGCAAACCCGGCGCUCUAGAUCCGUUUGUCCAUGAGGGCGUGGUCCACAACGACUCCCCGCCACUGUCUGUGGCUGAUUAUGCCAAGAACAUCACCGACGCUCAGGCGUCAUUCUCGGAUUUGAGCUUCAAUAUCGAGAGGAUUGUCGUGGAGCCCGACGGGGACCAGGAAGGGUUCGGCCACCUCGCAGUUCGGAUCAGCCUGGCGUUCCGACCGACCCCGGGGCAGGAGGAGACAUUCUAUGAGCAUGUCUUCUAUCGCCUUGAGGCUGGCAAAAUCAGACGCGUGUGGAGUAUGUUGGAUGGGGCUGGGCUGAAGUGGGCUGAAGAAAGGGCAAGCGCAGGGAACUAG